UUUUUUUUUUUCAUUUUAUUUUAUUUUAUUUUUAUUAUAUAAUGAUAGAUACUGUAGAUACUAAAACAAUACCUUUAAUACCUAAUAUAGCCGCUAUUCAGUUUUUACGGCAAGCAAGUUCUAUGUUAGAUUUGUAAAUGAAAGUUAUAAAAUAAAAUAUGAUACACACUUUUAACACCCAUACAUACUCUCAUGUAUUAGACCUAUUAGAACUACAGCAACUGCCAUACUCUAUUUUCAUCGGUUCAAUGCUUUUAUGGAUAAUAAGGAAAAAGUUAUCAAUUUAGACGGGAUUAUUAAUGAAGAAGAUGCACUUUAUAAAAAUCCUGAAUUAUUAACAACAACUUGUUUACAAUUAGCUUGUAAAGCGACAGAAGUUCCUCGAAAAGUGAGAGAUUUAGUCAAUGUCGGAUAUAGAUAUUAUCAUCCAAAUGAAGCAACACUAGACGUUGAUGAGAAUUAUUUCAAAAUGAGGUCUUCGCUUGUAACUAGUGAACUUUUAUUAGUUAGAGCAUUAGGUUUCGAUUUAGAAAUGGAAUUACCAUUUGCACAUUGUUUGAAUGUAUUGAGAGGUUUAGGAUCCAUUCGAUAUUUUAUAAUGGAUGAAGCAAAAAAGCAUUCAAAAAGACAUCAUCAUUCUUUACAAAAAGAAAUCUGGAAACGAAUAGAAAAUGAUAUGGAGCCAGAAAUGAGUACAAUUGCUCGAUUGGCAUGGAUGUAUGUUUGGGAUAGUUUGUGUUCACCUAAAAUUGCAUUAUCCCAUUCAAUACCAAGUAUUGGUCUUGGUUGUCUAUACCUUGCACUUCGUACAACUCAAGCAGAAAUGUCUAUGUCAAUGAGUGAGUAUGUUGAUAUGUGGGGUGCAUCUGAAAAUAUAUCAGUUCAAGCAGUACGAGACGUUGUGACAGAUUUAUUAGAUUUUUACGAGCAUUUUCCAAUCCAAAAAUAUGACAUUACCAACUAAAUAAUUUAUUAUAUAUAAUGAACGAUAUAUG